CGUCAGCCUCACCGACUGUUCUCGGCUCCGUCACCGAUAGUGGUGGUAUAUAUCGAGUGACAUCAUCAGUCAGCAGGAGGCUGAAGCCAUGGCAGUGAAUGAACCCAAGAAGAUCAUCAUUGACACCGAUCCUGGUAUCGAUGAUGCCAUGGCCAUAUUCGUGGCAUUGAAGUCGCCAGAGGUGGAAGUGAUUGGACUGACAACUAUCUAUGGGAAUGUUUAUACAACUCUGGCCACGAGAAAUGCCUUGCAUUUGUUGGAGUUUGCAGGGAGAACUGAUAUUCCCGUGGCUGAAGGAUCCCAUGUCACAAUAACUCAAGGUACAAAACUUCGUAUUGCUGAUUUUGUUCAUGGUACGGAUGGACUUGGAAACCAAAACUUCCCUCCACCAAAUGGAAAGCCAAUUGAACAGUCUGCCGCAGCUUUUCUGGUGGAGCAAGCAAACCUUUACCCUGGAAAAGUCACUGUGGUAGCAUUAGGCCCACUUACAAAUAUUGCACUGGCUAUAAAACUAGAUCCUGCAUUUGCAAAGAACAUUGGGCAGAUUGUUCUUCUUGGUGGCGCUUUUGCAGUCAAUGGGAAUGUAAAUCCAGCAGCAGAGGCCAAUAUAUUUGGAGAUCCAGAUGCUGCAGAUAUGGUAUUCACAAGUGGAGCAGAUGUUUUGGCCGUGGGCCUAAAUGUUACCCAUCAAGUUGUCUUGACAGAUGCUGAUCGGGACAAGUUGACCAAGUCAAAUGGAAAAUUUGCUCAGUACCUGUGCAAAAUUUUAGAUGUGUACUUCUCUUACCAUCAUGAUGCCUAUAGCACGAAAGGAGUUUACCUUCAUGAUCCUACAGCCCUUCUGGCAGCUGUUAAUCCUUCACUUCUAACUUACACAGAGGGUGUUGUUAGAGUCCAGACAAGUGGCAUCACAAGAGGGCUCACAAUUUUGUAUAACAAACAGAAAAGGUUCGGUGAAGUCACAGAAUGGUGUGAUAAACCCACGGCGAAGGUAGCAGUUACUGUUGAUGCUCCCACAGUGGUCAACUUGGUCAUGGAACGGCUGAUGGACUCUUGAAGUUGAAGUAACCAAUGUUGUUGGCGUGUUUGAAGAUUUGGCUUCCAUUUUCAUUACAGCACAUAACCGGCCGAUGAUCCGGUUGUUGCACGGUUAUGCUUGAAUGUUGCUUGCUUGAUACAUAAGGCAUCUUCCCUUCCCGAUAAUAAUUUCAUGCGGAAAUUGUAUGUAAUUUAUUCCGCUGCUGGCAGUAAGACAGUAAGUUCAUGAUCAUGUGGGUACAAUGUUGUUCAUUAAAUCGAUUUUAUAUCAA